CCGACAUUGAAUCUGGCGUUAUCUUCAUUUGUUUCAAUUAGAACCUCUGCCCUGGCCAUGGUGUAAUAUUGUCUUUCGCGCAAUAAGCGUCUCCACGAUACGACCGCAUACAUGCGAGCGGUGCUUCCGGGGAGACCCCCAGCGAAACUCCAGUCUUUCAGCGCUGCGCUGUGGGAUGGUCGUCGCAUUGUUGUAAGGAACAAUUUUAUUCGUUUCUUUUCUUUGAUUCUGCAAAAUGCUUGCUGUUUAGCACGAUGGUCUGACGUUGCUCUCUUGCGCGCGUCGCUUUCUUUAGGCAUACAUCUCCGGCCAUGCACUCGUCAUCCUGAGCGGUCCGCAGAAGCUUUUACAAACGAUCUACGUUGACGAAACCGAUAAUCUUGAGGCUGUAACAAUUGAUGAAACUACCGGCAAGAUUGCCGUAUGUGGAGGGUCUGAUGUUUUCAUUUACGAGCCGUACGGGGUUAAGGAUGAGACGUUAAAUUGGUCACUUGCGCAUACCUUUCGCCAAAAUGAUGAUAACGAACCGAUCCGCACACUGUCAUGGAGUUCCCCGGACGAGUUGCUCUUGGGCAACUCCCAUCUCACCCUUUGGUCUCUGAACGAUACGCUUCGGUGCAUAUGGAAACAGAAACUGGCAAAUCCGGUUAAGUUUGCUCAAUUCUCCCCUGAUGGGGCUUUGGUGGUUACCACUGGGCUUUAUGACCGAUUGGUGAAAGUAUGGCGUCGGCUCGCCUUUAUUGACGAGGAUGUUCGGUUCGAAGUAUCGUACCUUCCGCAUCCAGCGAUUGUUACCGGAUUAUAUUGGCGCAAGCCGUAUCAUCGAGAGCAAUCGAUGGAUAACGUUCUAUAUACGCUGUGUGCGGAUGAUAGGAUCAGGGUAUGGACGGUAACGGAGCAUCAUGCUCUGGCUCCUCUACACUUAUGGAAGGAGAUCGACAUGGAUGCAUCCGUCCAACCAAGGUAUGCGGUGAAUACGAAAAGAGGGCCACGACGGUACGGGUUCUUCUUAGAUAGUCGCGACUUCUGUGGCGCAGUAGAGCGGGCGGUGCAGAGAAGCAGCGGUAAGAAGGAGAGCCAUGGCUUAAUGCACGUCAUCGAAGUUGCGAACAAAAGCCCGGAAAUCUGCAUGGUUAUGAAUGGGCAGGGAAACAUGUCUGCUUGGGGUCUUGAGGACGUCGGUUGCAAGGACAGGUCUGAGUUGAACACCUUCAACAUACUUCAUGUUGAAGACGUGAACUUUUCCUUCAUACCAGAAAUGUCUUCUGAAGAAGACUACGCUCGAAUAUGCGCAUUCCAGAAAUCACCGUUAGAUGAUACAAUCAGCAUCUUGGUACACCACUUUGAUGGCAGAAUUGAGUGGUUCGACUCGAAAGUCGACGUUUUAUUCGAUCCAUCACCACGCAAGAACCGCAUUGGUUUGAAAUCAACCUGGGGAGGGCAUAGUAAGCCGAUCAAGAAAAUCGUGCGCAAUGCCGUUGGAGACUCUCUUGUUUCGCGCACCAACGACAAUAAUGCUAUGAUCUGGCGACAAACGCACAGAGACGGGAAGUUGGUGCUCGUUCGCAGGAGCUCCUUAUUCUCCAAUGAACAUAUCCAUCGUACCUUCAUCAUCGGAAAUGGAGACUUCUUGGUCAACCUUCAUCAUGACCAUAUCUCGCUAUGGGACGUCCGUUCGUUUCAUGCCAAGAGGCUUGCCGUAUCAACGUUCCGACUUUCAAGUAAACCGCUCUGUGUCCUUCAGGUACCCACAGUAAACAUGGAUGAAGACGAAAACGUGGUGUACAUAGCAACUAUCGGUGCCGAUAUGAAUGGAAUAGCCUGGGAGGCAGUAUUGCCGACAAAUAACAGCCAGGUCUAUACUAACGGACAUACUGCCAACAGCCAUCUCCGAGAAUUCUGCACUUUCGAUUUGGGUAUUGAGGAAGACAUCUCUUACGUCUUACCUGUCGACCCUGCAGGUCCUAGAAUCCAAAUUUCUGGGUUUUUUGACGUCUUUGCGACCGAUAUCGCGCUCACUUAUACUCACAGCGGUAUCAUUAGAACCUGGACAGCAAAGGUCGACCAAGAGAACAGAAAGAUUCACUGGCUAUUGACUUCAACGGUCGAAACUGGCAUUGUGAAUCCUUCUCUGGCCAGUGGGAGCUCCAUUCGAAAGGCUGCCCUUGUGGACCAGGACCGGUCUCGUCUAACGAUAUGGGAUACAACCGGUGCUCAGUUGGAGUUUGAACAGCAUUUCUCCCAGCAGGACGUCAUCCGUGACCUUGAUUGGACGUCUACGCCAGACAUGCAAUCGAUCCUAGCUGUCGGGUUCCCGCACAAGGUCAUCCUUCUCUCUCAGCUUCGUUACGACUACCUGGACGCUCGUCCGUCAUGGACUCAAGUUCAAGAGAUUCGAAUUCGUGAUUUCACAUCCCACCCAAUUGGAGAUUCGUGCUGGCUCAGCCAUGGACAUCUCGUCGUUGGUGCUGGGAAUCAGCUUUUCGUGUACGAUAAGCAGAUUGAGAUUAGCAAUCGUCUCGUCUCUGAACUUCGCAUCCCAUCUCACGGUAUGCCGACUGUCGAUCUUUUUGAGGUAGUAAAUCGGUUGAAUGGACCGCUACCUGUGUUCCAUCCUCAAUUUCUGGCGCAAUGUAUCCUCAGUGGAAAGACAAACUUAGUACACUCUAUCUUAAUGACCCUUCAUCGGAAACUCAAGUUCUAUACAGAAGGCGACGAGCUUGACGGUUUUCUGGGGAUGCCUCUGGAAGACUUUUAUGAGGAACAAGAUGUUCCUCAAAGGGCGGCAGCACCAUCGAAAGAAAUGCAAUCCACAUAUGCCGGCUUUCUAGUUGACGAAGAGUCUCAUUUCUUAGAAGAGAGCACGGCCACAGUGCUCAAUGAAAACUUGCUCCGUAUUGCUUUGCCACAACUGUCCAGCCAGGAACAGUUUCGUUUGGCUGACACUAUUGAAUGCGUGGCUACUGUCGAGAAACAUCGGCGAUCGAUGGAUACCAAUGCUGCACGCUAUCUACUCUUCUUCCGCCAGCACAUGCUUCGACGAAGCCAAGGUGUUGCCAAUAAGGACAGGGUCUCCUGGAGAGAAAUCGUCUGGGCCUUCCAUAGUGAAAGUCAAGAUAUCCUUACUGAUCUCGUGUCGAGGCUCUUCAAUGGUAAGAUGCUUUGGAAGUCGGCUAGAGAGAGUGGUAUAUUCAUGUGGUUGUCUGAUCUGACUGCGCUUAGGACUCAACUGGAAGUUAUUGCUCGAAAUGAAUACACGAAAACGGAUGAAAAGAAUCCUAUUGACUGCUCGCUAUAUUAUUUUGCGCUUAGGAAGAAAAACGUCGUGCAAGGGCUCUGGCGUAUGGCUCAUUGGAACCGGGAACAGGCACCUACCCAGCGUUUACUGUCAAAUGACUUCCAACAAGCCCGAUGGAAGACAGCGGCGCUCAAAAAUGCGUACGCUCUGCUCGGAAAACGGAGAUUUGAGUACGCUGCGUCUUUCUUCCUCCUCGCUGAUCAUCUUCGUGAUGCUGUCCAAGUUUGCCUAAACCAGCUUAAUGACGCCCAACUUGCAAUCGCUAUUACGAGAGUGUAUGAAGGGGAUGAUGGCCCGGUGCUGAGAGAGAUUUUGGAAGAGAGGGUUCUGCCAGAAGCCGCUGCCGGCGGAAACAGAUGGAUGGCUUCAUGGGCGUUCUGGAUGCUGAAACGUCGGGACGCGGCUGUCCGUUCCUUAGUUUCCCCCAUUGAAUCCCUUAUUUCUCCACAACUAACCUCCCCUGGUAGCCCUGGACAGAUCAAACUGCAGGCCAAAUCGUAUCUGUCCAACGACCCAGCCCUUGUGGUGUUGUACAAGCAACUCCGUGCAAAGACUCUCCAGACAUUAAAGGGUGCCUCGCAAGUCCCUGCCCUGGCAGAAUGGAAUUUCAUUCUUCGCAACGCUCGUCUUUACGACCGAAUGGGCUGCGAUCUCUUAGCCCUCGAUCUUGUGCGACACUGGGAGUUUCUCCGUGAGCCAAUUCCUUCAAAGGAUAUCACUGCUGCAUUUCAGGAGAAUAGAAACGGGGUUGACUAUCGGAAACUGCUCCGGCGUCGUAGCAGCCUCGUCGUAGCAGAUAUGCCAAUUAGGCCUGGACAUGAGACUACGUCGAAACCAAAACCUCCACCUACCAUGUUUCAUGAACCAGAUGCUAAUUCUUUGCUGGAUAGUUUUGGGUUUUAAAAAAAAAAAAUUGGAUUUCUUUUUUGACGAGGCGUUUAUAUUGGGCAUUGAAAUGUGCUGGAUGUGUGUCUAUGUGGAACUAGUUUAUCUUUUUUUUUUUUUUUUUUUUUUUUCAUGCUCUGUGUAUUUAUAGUACGGAAUGGAUGUGCUACUAUACUGGAAUUAGUCUAUUAAACAUAUGGACAACAUAUGGACA